UCUUAGGAAACUUUAUUUAUUAUGAAUAUUUUAGGCAACAAAAAAUGUAAUUUAGGUAGAAACAAAACUACCAUUUAUUUAUCAAAGGUAAAUUUAUAUUUGUUUUUAACUUUUAACACUAAAAUAACGAUAGCCAAGAGUAAAUAAUUGAAUGCAUUUUGCAUGAUGGCUUGACAGACGGCUGGAACGUGGCACUUGCCCUCGAAAUUGUCAUUUUCGCAUACGCAUGUGCUGCCAACGAUGCACAAACGGUGAAUUGUCCAUCUCACUUCGCAAAAGGCGGCAAUUAAUAAUUAACAAACAGUACGUUUUGGUAACAAUUUGCAAUUGAAUUUGGUGGCAAUUAUUCAGUGUUUAUGUGAUGAUAUGAUGAAAAGCCGACAAGCGAUAACAAUUAACUGCUGCCGGCAAUCGUGCGUCUAUCGAUAGCAAUAAUGCUAUCCGCCUGGCAUCCAUCAAAAGAAAAAUUUUAUUUUGUUGCCUGGCUUUUGGCCAAUUCCUCCGCCGUGCGAGUGUGUGUGUGUGUGCGACCGUGUGCCGUGUAUGUGUGUGCGGGAAUUUAUUAAACAACAAAAUAAAAAUAAAAAAAAAAAAUACAAAAAACAAAAACAACAAAAAGAAGAUCGGUACACGGGACAUACUACAAAUUUAUGUAAUAAUUUAUAAUUUAUGUAAAAAAAACACACACAAGAAACGCGAACGGAACGCCAGUUAUUUAACCAAAAAAAAAAAAAAAAAAAAAAGAAAUACAACAAAAAAAAAAGCAACACACAUACAACCAACGCCAGUGGGUUAAAACCAAAGUGCAAUAGCUGAAUAUUAAAUAAUUAUACACAUACUCUAUAUCUAUUCUUUUAUUUUUAUUAUUGCUCAACAAUAACAGUUAGUUGUUGUUGCUCCCUAUAUGUUUUAUUGUUUUUUUUUUUUACAACACAACAACAACAAUCAAAUAAAAUAAAAAAAAAAGAAAUACACGCCGUGAAGAAGAAGCAGACGCCACCUAUAAUCCCAAAAGCAAAAAAGCAACAAUAACACAACAAAAAAAGAAAUUAAAAGAAAAUUUAAUCCAAAAAUAAUAAUAAUAAUAGUAAGAGAGACCUGAGAGAGUGGGGUAAAGGUAAAGAAAAUCAAGAGAGUGAGAAGUUGAGGGAAAAAAGCGCGAAAAGAACACACACUUUCCCAGAAACUCUUUUUCGCGUUAUCGAUUUUUUGCCAGUGUGUGUGUGUGUGUGUGUGUGCAAUCAAACAACAACAACAACAACAAUACACUGUGGUGUUAUCAACUGAAAAAUAAAACAAAAAAUAAUCAAAUCAUAAUUAUAAAAAAAAAGUUAGGAAGAGAAAAAGAGAAAACCCCCUUAGCCGGUUGCCUUGCCUUCCCUCGCAUCCUGCAGAAAAAGGAUAUCCCUCAAGGAUAAUCCAGAUUUAAUUAACCAACACCGGUGUUAUAGAUUAUAUGAUGAUUUCGUUGCUGCAAAUGAAAUUCCAUGCGCUUUUGUUGUUGCUAUCAAAAGUCUGGACAUGCAUCUGUUUCAUGUUCAAUCGCCAAGUGCGAGCUUUUAUCCAGUAUCAACCGGUUAAAUACGAACUAUUUCCGCUCUCGCCGGUCUCCCGCCACCGACUGAGUCUGGUGCAGCGGAAGACCCUCGUUCUGGACCUGGACGAGACCCUCAUCCACUCGCAUCACAAUGCCAUGCCAAGGAAUACAGUGAAGCCUGGAACGCCGCACGAUUUCACCGUCAAAGUCACCAUCGAUCGGAAUCCAGUUCGGUUUUUUGUCCACAAAAGGCCCCAUGUCGAUUACUUUCUAGAUGUGGUCUCUCAGUGGUACGAUCUGGUGGUAUUCACCGCCAGCAUGGAGAUCUAUGGAGCGGCGGUGGCGGACAAACUGGACAACGGCCGGAACAUACUCCGGCGGCGCUACUACAGACAACACUGCACGCCCGACUACGGCUCCUACACCAAGGACCUGUCGGCCAUUUGCAGUGAUUUAAAUAGGAUAUUCAUAAUUGACAAUUCGCCCGGCGCCUAUCGCUGUUUUCCCAACAACGCCAUACCCAUCAAGAGUUGGUUCUCGGAUCCCAUGGACACGGCGCUGCUGUCGCUGCUGCCCAUGCUGGACGCCCUCCGAUUUACGAACGACGUGAGAUCGGUGUUGUCCCGGAACCUUCAUUUGCAUCGUCUCUGGUAGCAGGUGGGCCGGUUAACGCUACUAUAGUCUAACGUAUUUCUGCAGUGAGGAUCGGGGAGGGGGGAAUAAUAUUUUUUUGAAAUUAAAAACAACAACAACAACAACAAAAUGGUGGUGCUGUGACACAUUAACGAAUUUUUUUCAAUAUUAUAUAAUUAAUAGCAAGAAAAGUUUGAUAGAAAAAACAAGAAACAAAAACAAAAAUAAAUCCCCUAAAGAGAGUUAAUUAAACGAGGGGGGGAAGAAGACACGAGAUCAUGAGAUACAGAGAUCAAUAAAAUUUACCAAAAAAAAAAAAAAGAGAAAAAUAAACAUUAUUGAGAUCUGGAUAUCUGGAAGAUAGAUAUAAUUUUUAUUUUUUUUUUGUACCAUUGCCUCUAUUAAGAUUAAAGAUUUUUGUAAUAAUUUACCUUGCAUUCAAGUGCAUCAUAAUUACGAUUAAUAUUUUUAGUUGUGUUGUUUUUUUGUACAUAUAUAUGUAUAUAUAAAUAUAUAUGUGUGUGUUUAUAUCUAUAUAUAUAUAUAUAUAUGCAGUUUAUAUAUAAAUAUAUCCAAACUAUUGAACACAGUAUAUUUAACAAAAUAAAAGUGAAGAUUAAGAACAAAUUCAAGUCAAGUUAUAUACACAUAUGUUUAUAUUCAGUAUAUAUAUAUGAAUAAUAUAUAUAUAUAUCGUAAUAUAAAGUCUAAAUCUAAGUCUCGCAGUAGUAUCUGUAUGAAAAAAAAAUAUAUAUAUAUUUAUAUAUUAUUAUGAUUACGAUUUAUUAUUAUAAUGAAAGUGAAAUUGUUUAUACACGCAGUCUGUAUAUGGCGAUCGGAUCGAGAUGGAAUACUUUUAAUUAUACAAAUUAGUUGAUUACGAAACUUUCCUGGACAUCAUUAUUACGGAUAAUAUAAUUACUAAAUGUAACCGAUUAUGUAUAGACUUAACUAUUCUGUUUCUCUUGUAAAAAAAAAGCGAUGAAGGGAAUCCCAAACGAUGAAAAUAUCUUUCAAGAGUUUCAUUUUGCUUGCAAAAAAAAAAAAAACAACAAAAUCAUAACAAUUUUUCUAUGGAUAAGAUUUUUGUCUUUGAAGGCGUUAUAUAAAUAAUGUAUAUUUAUAUAUAUCUACAUCUAUACAGUACUAUUUAAAAAAAAAAAAAAAAACAAAAACAACAACAAACAAGCAAACAAAACAAAACAAAACACAAUGAACAGAAAGAUAGGUACUGAGAGAUACAGAUACAAAGAUACAGAGAGAGAGAGAUACGGCCGAGCCGUACAUUAUAUAGUCUCUAUAAUCCGAUCGGAUCAGAUCAGAUUCAAGACAGAGCCCCCAGACUGGAAAGUUCGAGUUGGAGAUGAUACAGUAGAGAGCCAAAUCACUAAUUAUAUAAUACUUGUACCGAGUUAGUCUGAGAAGAAAAAAUGCGAUAUCGUGGCACAUCAUCUGAGAGAGAGACAUCACACACACAGAGUAGGAAAAUGAGGAUUACGAAAACUGCUUCCAUAGUUAAUGUUAUUUCCAAAAACAAAAUAAAAAUAAAUAAAUAAAUAAAAAACAAAACAAAUAAUUAAAUAAAUAAUAAACAAUUUAAAAACUAAUACAACAAAUUAAAUACAAAACAACAUCCUCAAUAGCUUGUCUUAAAACACACACACACUUCCCCUAUCCAAUUGUUCUUUUUACUGAAUUGUACAUUUUUUAAAAAACAAUCAUUAUUUGUUUAUUAUUGCAAGGAAUACAAACAACAACAAAAAUUAUGAAAAAAUAAUACGUGUUUGCGCGAUGUUGUUAAUUUUAAGUAGUUUGUAGCAAAUUUGUUAAACUGAAACGUAAAUGAAAUAAAUGAGAAAGGGAACACAAAAAGCAGAGACAAAAAAAAAUUCAAAAAAUACAACAAAAUCAAUCAAAAAUAAAAAACAUUGUGUUUUAUUCAUAAUUCUUUUUUGAAUUUAGCGCCAACUAUUAGGUAUGGCAUUUUUGGGAGUUAACAGUGUGCUGUAACGUCUCUGUUAAAGCACAUUUAUGGUGCUGUUAUGCGAAAGGCUCUGGAAUAAAAGGCUAAUAAUGAUUUUAGUGGCGAAUUUUUAAUACCCUCUAUAAAUGUUAAUCAAGAUAUUAUUUAUGAUAUAAAAAAUGAAUAAUCCACUCUUUUAUUUACAUAAAUCCUAACUUGACAGUACUGCUAUUACAAUGACUACCCCACUAUGUAAUGGGUAUUAACAGCUGCUGUUAACUCGAUUAUUUUGAGGUUAUGUUGUCACUCUGUCGCUGCAACAACAAGUUACCGUAAAAGAAAAUCGCCGGAGUAUUUACGCAACGCAACUGG